GGCGGCUGAACAUUCGAGGUGUCCAAUUCUAUCCGUAAUGGUAACCGCCAUGUUCCUCGCCUACUCGAAGGAUGACUUAUCUUGGAACAGAUCGUCGGCGGUAGGGAAAUCGAGUUCGAGCGUCACCAUAUGUGAUCAGACUAGACGAUGGAACUUCGAGGGUGUAUUAAAAAGCGCAUGGGUAUGAGAUGCUGGCUUUGACCGGCCUGGUUUCCUGGGGAACCCACUGCCGUCCGAACUCUCCCCUCGCUUUGCCCGUUACUGCUCGGGCACAAAAGCCCCCGCGGUUUCCGCACCACUGGCUGUUCUUUUUGUUUUUUCUUCCCACAACACAUCUUUGCAUACGACCGCAUUUUGACCAAGAUGGAAAACUUCGUCCCCCAACAGGCGCGGAUGCCCUUUUCUUCCGGUGUGUGCUGGGUUCCUUUGCCCGGUCCCAACAACCACCCCUCGGCCGCUCACCACCAACUGGGCGAAGCGAUCUUCAGCGAAGCCGAGCAAUGGGUGUACCGUUGGCUCACCCACGAGCAGAACCGCCAUCGCCUAGGAUCGUGGGAUCAACGGUGCGAUAUCCUGAGUAUCCUAUCGCCACCGGAUGCCCAGGACAUCGCCGACUGCGACGCGUGGGUUCUCGGCAUUGUGCGUGGGGCGCUAGGGUAUUGGUAUCAUCACCAUUACGGUCCCUGUGCUCUACAGCCUUACCGCGCGCACGUUAAUACGCUCGCCAGCGGUCUUGAUGACGCCCGGAACUCGUUGCAAAAUCGCGCGGUGGAUGCCAACGACGUCGCUGUUGACACGCCGCUCCCGAGUUCCAUCCCCCGAUUUGGUCACGUACGGCGCAGGUCAAGCACCAUUGCCCUGCCGCUGGACGAUGUGCUCCAGGAUAAUUCAUUCUUCGAGUAUACGAGGAAUACGACGGUCACCAUUACGGAUGGAACCGACACCUCAAACGUUCAGCGGUCCCCAUCUGUCAACACCUCCACCGAUACCACCGUGGGUGCGCCGUCAAGAUCCAAAGGCCACCACCACUCGAAAUCGGGACCAAUAUCCGCCAUAUCUCGAGGCCGUUCUUUAGCCCCACGAGGCGCUGGUGUCGAGGCUGCCGGCCCGUCUCGACUUCCAAGCCGCUCACAAAGACCGCCGGAGCAUACCGAGGGCGCGUCUCAACAGCAUCGUCGCCAGCCCUCCUCAGUUUCUGUGUCGACCAACAACAAUGGCGCUUCCACCUACAAUUCACAGAACGGUUCUCAAGCAGCGGGUGGAAAUACGGGUCGCGGAACCUGGCGUCCCCGGCCGGACUGUUUGAAUAAGCAUGUGAUGAUUCAAAGCCCACCGGAGAUGUUCGCGCCGUGUCCCUGCGAGCGGUGCGUUUUAAAAUCACGCACCGUCCACGUCGGGCCCAUUCGACUCGGCGAAAUAACCCACCGUGAUGUUCGGACUGCCGUGGCUGACUACCUUGGUCAGUGGGGCCACGUGGAGGACUGCGAGCUGAAGAAGUCUGGCAAAGGCUUAUUUUAUGCCCUUGGUCGCUUCGUUUCUGAGGACAGCACUCACCUGGCCGUCCGCAGGUCGAAAGCAAUCAUCUGCAGCCACCCCCAGCUGUAUGCCGCCAAGAUUACGUACCCCUUCUUCUCGAAGUUUUAUCGGUAUAGGAACCAAACUCCUCGACAAAGCAAGGCUAGUCAUCUGUCGGCAGGUAACGGGAGCUCGUCUUCUCGGGAUUGUGGGAAUCCCUCUCCGUCGAAUGGAAGCCCCUACGACCAGGACCCCAGGCCCUCUCGGCAGUCCGCCUCUACGGCCAAAGCCACACCAGUCCGGGACCCCCAUCGGGAGGUUCAAGAUCGCAGCUCGGGUCCAAGCGAGAGCACGGCGAUGCAAACAAAACCGCCCUCGGAGAACGCAGUGUUCGAAAACUGCAACGCGCUCCCCGAGGGUGGGAUCCAUUCUUCCCAUAGGCCUACGAGAAGUAUGGACAUCCGCGUGCGCAUCCCGGAGACUUCCACCGGUUCCCCGCCGCAGAGCGCCUUGAUCCUCCCUCACGGCAAGCGGCUCGGCACGGGCAGCCCGGUUCGCCAAACGACGUUUGGCGAUAUGCCGCCCAACCUGGGGCAACAGGAGCCGGAGGAGCCAGCUGUCAACAUUCCUGACCACAACACGGCCAGACUCGACAGCUCGGCUCCGGAAUUCACCCCGGCACCCGCUCCGGCACCCGUGGCGCCCGCCGCACCCACGUGGGCCCCUCUCCCACGCUGGGAGGACGAGGGCACCCGCAUUCCCACGCUGGCCGACGACUGGGUGGCCCCCCAGGGCCACCCCCCCAGCCGCACCCACCACCACCACCCCUUCGAGCAGCGGGGAGGAAGCGCGCACCACCACUCGCCACCACCAGAGAUGCCGUUCCUCCGCCAGCUCGAGGCCAUGGACCAGCUGCGGGGCGCGCGUAGCGGCGGAGACGUCCGUCUCGAGCUGGGCUUCUCCGCUACCGUGAUCCGCCGCCGUCCGUGGGGCGGGAGUGGGAGUGGCGCCGCCGAGCACAGGCGCCUCCCGUCGUGGAUGUUGCCACCACCACCACCACCGCCGCCGCCGCCGCCGCCGCCGCCCACGACGACGACGACAAACCCCCGCGACCACCACAACCACCAGCAGCAGCAGCACCACCACCACCCGGCUGCUGCGGCUGCUGCUGCUGCGCCCACGCCCGCCCUGCCGUCCCGCCCCCCGCCCGCCCAAGACGCCCACCCACCGCGGGCGUCCUCCUCACCCGCCGACGCGCUGGGCCCGUCGUCGCGGCCCAAGCAGAAAAAGCGCAAGGGCAAGGCGGCUGUGGGCAAGGCAGACGACAUGGGGGCCACCGCCCGCCCGCAGACCCCGGCUCCGGUUCCGGUUCCGACGCCGACGCCGGGCGGUCAUUUGUUGGAGAGCGUGGAGGAUGGGGAUCUCUACAAUGCGACGCCGAGGCGGGAUCGCAUGGGGGAGGGUAAGGUGGAGGUGGGUGGUGGUGGUGUGGUGGGUGUGGGGGUUGGGGCGGACCAGAAGCGCGACCAUGCCUGCGGUGAUGGGCAGACUUAGGAUGUUUGCUCGUCUGUUGCUGGCGGGGGUGCUGAUGGGGUGGUUGGUGCUGGUGAGAAAAGGGUUGGGGAGAUCAAGAAUGGUGCUGGGGAGAGGAAUGGUGUUGGGGAGAAGGCUGCUGGG